AUGCUUGCAACAAUCCACUAUCGUCUUUGUCAAUCGUUUGAUAUUCUUCAAGCAACUAUCGUCCGCAUCGCAUUUUGUGCACAUAAUCUAGUUGCCACUUACUUUCUCUACGAUGAUAUGAAAGAUUAUUGGUGUUUGCUGAACUCCUGUGGAACAAUUUUCAUUCUCAUCGAACUAGUUGUUACCAUUAUUGAACGGCAAGGUCAUGAACCGAAAUGGUUGUCGCCAUCGUUUCUCAUUUUUAUAUUAGCAUCAAUGCCAUGUCUAUGGUUAUUGGAAAUGCGUCGUGUCGAUGUCCGACGAACGAACUAUUAUACAGAUAGCAAUAGUACAAAUGCAGCACCAUUUGAUCAAGUAAUGAUUCGUAUGGGCAAUGAUGAAUUGUAUCCGAGUCAAGUUUUACCUUAUGACGAUAUCUUGAAAAAGCUUCGGGUGAAUGUUGACUUGCAUACGAAAACUAUGGCGUUAGAAUUAUCACUUUUAUUUCUAAUUAUCGUUGGCCGUUGGGUCUUACCAAAAGGUGUAACAAGUCGCUCUAAUCUCUCUCAAUUAUUACUUGUAUACAUGUCCAUUGCAUCAGAUAUUGUAGACCUAUUGGCAAUUUUGAAUGAAGAUCAUGUUUUGACAUCACAACGGAUGCUGCUAGCAACAUUACUUGUCUUAUCCUGGUCGUUGUUACAAUUUGCAACGAACGUCUCGGCUGUGGGUAAAACAAGUCGAUCAGCAAAUUUGGACAGUUUCCGUCAAGUCUUGAAAAAGCGUCGUCGUCGACGUAUGUUUCUUCUUUAUCCCAUGCAACGUUUAUUUGAAAACGAUGCUUGGUACUUAUACGAAUUAAAUCUGAUGAGUUGUUCAGCUACUCAAUUAGCUCUUCGUCUUGUCGCAGUAAUCAAAUUCGAAGUUCGAAGUUAUUCGACCUUAUUUUUCACAUGUAAAAACGCAAUUAUUCUCUUCUUACAGUUCUAUCGGUUGGUUGCCGUGUUAACAGAACAUGAUAAUUACGAUGUUGGCUCGUUGUAUCAAACAGCGCCGAACAAUGAUCCACGAAUACGAACGAUUACGAGUAGUGUCAAAACGAAAAAUGGCUCAAGCUCGAAAUUAUCCAUCCAAGAAGAUAUGUCAUUAGCUAUGUAA